AUGGGAGAGCAUGUCCUGGGGUUGGGGGACGGGGUAAGUGUGGGUGUGUAUGUAAGGGUAAAGGAAGGGUAUGUGUAUGUUCGGGAGGGGGGACAAUGAUCAAACGCCUUAAUUAAGGGACAAUGAUCAAACACCACUUCCAUUAUCACAGAGACAAGCGUCUGCCAUAUGGAAACAUGUAGAUUAGAGAGGGGGUGUGUGUGAGAGAGGGGGUGUGUGCGUGAGAGGGUGUGCGUAUGUGGGCAUGUAUACGACAGAGGAGUAAGUAGAUGGUGUAAUAGCAGAGAGAUGAGGAAGAUGUGUGUUUUGUGUUGCUGAAAUUAAUUGUUCCCCUUGCUGUAGGUGACUGUACUAGACGGCGCUCCUACUUAUUUCAGUGAUGAAGUAUGGCUAAAGUAGCCUUGUUAGAUAUUAGCACACAUUACUGUUGUUUACAUAACCUGCCAGACCAGACAUUUGUUUACAGUGUUGGUACCAAGUCACCGUUAAGGUGUUAGCCAAGCUCCUUUAUGAAACAAGCUGAAAUGGGCUUGUGUGUGUGUGUGUGUGUGUGUGUGUGCAUAAUCGGACUGUUUUUAAAGGUCUAGGCUUGAAACACAAGCUCUCUUUUUUUACCUGGUUGUUCUCGCUCUGUCUCUCUCUCUGUCUCACUCACUCACACCGUAUGACUCCUGCAAAGUGCCGUUCUCCACAAUGGUAAAGGUUAGGGUUCUGGCCUGGGUAAAGGUAAGUGUUACCUUGCCAAUGUUAGCCUCACACAACUCACGCUCAGUGUUCUAAAUACUUGGAGUUCUCUUGUGAAACUUGUCUCCCAUUUGGCUCUUAUUUUCUGUUUAUCAGUAUACUCUCUCUAUCCUCCAUCCUUGUUUUAUAAAGUAGCGCCGUAUAAAAUCUGCGAUACGGAUGGAAUCACGGAAUCCAGACAAUAAAACAGAAUUCAACAAUAUAAAGAAAUGUAUUGAACAGUAGGGAAUCAACUAAAUGUAUUGAACAGUAGGGAAUCAACAAAGUGUAUUGAACUUUGUAGGGAAUCAACUAAAUGUAUUGAACUUCGUAGGGAGUCAACUAAAUGUAUUGAAACAUUAUUAAUUUGGCCAAGUUUAUCAUAAGACAUGAACAGAAGGCAUCAGUGAUUCGGAUUUCCUGCAACUUUCUGAAGAGGCAACGAGAAUUCCCCGUCUGUGUGUGUGGUGCGUGCAGCUACCUCUGUGUAGCCGUUAGCGAUGAUGCUAAUGAAAACAGUCUUCUGGUAGAUGGAAAGGUUUUCCAAAAACAUUCUCAAGUAAAUGUUAACUACAAAGUAGCCUAUGCUUACCUGGCAGAAUUAUAUCAUGAUUAUUUGCAUCAAUCCAGUGGGUAUUUGUUUUGCAAACUCUACCAGAAAAUAUUAAGUGCUCACUGGAAUUAAAGGUUAUCUACACCCAAAAAUCUACAUUUCUCAAAUUUUUCCCGGACCUCAAAAGUGGUGUCCUGAUGUGGUUUUAGCAUGGUUGUGGACGUAGAACAUCCAAUUUAGUUGUUGUAAUCAAGUGCAAUUUUGAGAGUGAACCUGAAAAAACAGGGGAAAACGGAAAUCUGGAAAAACUAAACGGAAUCAGGCAGAAAAUUCAACAGAUUUGAUAGGACCCUAACAAAGGUCUAGACUAGACAAGCUUGGCCAGUCUGUGUGUUCCACUUGAUAGAGUGGGUUGUUGCUCUGUCCCAGUUUAGCUCUGGCACUGUGUGUGUGUGUGUGUGUGUGUAUCUGUGGCAAGCUUUACAAUGCUCUGCUAUCCAACCGAGUUAAUGGUUUAAUGGAAGUAUGUUAUUCAGCAGUUUCCAGGAAGGUGUGUGACAGUAAUAAAGGAGAUGUGUGCUCAGAGACUUCCUUCCUCAGCCAUCAAGAAACAGCGAAAGGGCCCAUUGUUUUGACAGAGCCUCACUAUUGGCUGGUAACCAGGAAAUUGGGUUUUGGCCACUCACUGUGAUUGGCUGUUAACUGCCGAUGUCAAAUGUAACUGAGUCAGAAAGCUUAUCCUGACUACUGUAUAUAUGCCUAGGCUAUGUUCUAGGAUUCAUCUUCUGUUGGGCUGGACAUGGAUACGCUUCAUUAGGCAAAGUUUGUUCAUUUUCAGAUCAAAUGGGACUCAUUAGAGAUUGAAGGCCAACUAAUUACAGACAAUUAGUGACAAGUCUGAGUCUGUGUGGUGCACGCUUACCAGUGGUGGAAAAAGUACCCAAUUGUCAUACUUGAGUAAAAAUAAAGAUACCUUCAUAGAAAAUGACUCAAGUAAAAGUGAAAGUCAACCAGUAAAAUACUACUUGAGUAAAAGUCUAAAAUUAUUUGGUUUUAAAUAUACUUAAGUAUCAAAAGUAAAUGUAAUUGCUAAAAUAUAUUUAAGUAGUACAAGUAUAAAUCAUUUAAAAUUCCUUAUUAAGCAAACCAGACGGCACAAUUAAUAAUAAUAAUAUUUACAGAAAGCCAGGGGCACACUCCAACACUCAGACAUAAUUUACAAAUGAAGCAUUAGUCCGCCAGAUUAGAGGCAUAGAGAUGACAAGGGAUGUUCUCUUGAUAAGUGUGUGAAUUGGACCAUUUUCCAGUCCUGCUAAGCAUUCAAAAUGUAACGAGUACUUUUGGGUAUCAGUCAAAAUGUACAUUUAUUUUAUUUGGGAAUUUAGUGAAGUAAAAGUAUAAGUUGUCAAAAAUAUAAAUAGUAUACUAAAGUACAGAUACUUUCAAGUAUUUUUUACUUAACUACUUUACACCACUGACGCUUACUUAGCAGUGUGUGUAACUCUCUCUCUCUGUCUCUCUGUGUAGAGGUGACUCUGAAGGUUCACCUGAGUGAUGCCAGCACCCACCAGCCCCUGGGCGGAGCCACCAUCGAGCUCUUCGCCAACCACACCCCUGUAACCACAGAGACCUCCGCUGCCGACGGCAACGCCUACCUGCGCUUUCCCUACCGCCUUGGAACCCUGCUGGUCGUCACAGCAACCAGACAGGGCUACGUGCCAAACUCCGCCCCCUGGAGACCCACCAGACUGCCUGGUAGGUCAAAGUAGUAAAAUCUACAAAGUGUGUAUGUGUGUGUGUGAACAAUCUGAAAGUGCUGUGUGAGGAUAAUGGGGGUGUUCCAUUACAGCUUUAUUAUAAUAAGUGACCACGUCUCCGUCCCCCCCCACACACACACACACACAGCCCUCCCAAGAGGCCAUGGGGAGAGGUGUGUGUGUGAUGGAGGAGGGGGAUACUUAUUAUAAUAAAGCUGUAAUGGAACACCCCCAUUAUCCUCACACACCACUUUCAAAUUGUUCACACACACACACACGCUUAUCAGCACUAGGAGUGACAGAGAGGGGAAAGGAGGAGUGACCGAGAAAGGAAAGGAAAGGAGGGGUGACAGGAAGACAGCGGAAGUAGGAAAGAGUAGAGAACUUUGGUCUGUUGUAUGAUAUUUAUUCAGCCUUUAUUUUACAUUUUAGUCAUUUAGCAGACGCUCUUAUCCAGAGCAACUUACAGUUAGUGAGUGCAGACAUUUUCAUACUGGCCCCCCGUGGGAAACGAACCCACAACCCUGGCGUUGCAAGCGCCAUGCUCUAUCAACUGAGCUACAGGGGACAGGGUGUCAAUGCUGAGACCAGCGUCUCUUUUCCAGAUGAGCCCUGUAUAGCACCACAAUACACAUCACAAUACAAUAAACACAUUCAACUACACAUUCAUAUAAAAGGUCCCCUAACAACCAUCUGAAAUGCCCUAGAGGCACCAAUUCCUCCAAGUGUAUUGUAGAUCAUUCCCCACGUAAGGUGCAAGGAAUUUAAAGGCUGAUUGACCUAACGCUCUAGACACCAAAGGAGUCUCCAGAGUUAACCAACCAUGUGAACGGAUUUGAUAACUUGUCAUUUUAAAUCUUAAUAGUUAUGUUAGCUAAGGUAAGUCGGAGGUUUGUGGAGCAGGGCUUUGUAAACAAAAAGAGAGGAAUGAUGUGAUCUACAUGACUUUAAAGAGGUCCAGACAACCUUUUGGUAAAGAAUACAGUGAUGAGUAAUAGAACUGUCUCCUGUGAUAAAACGAAUGGCGCUAUGAAAAACAGCAUCCAAGGGUUUAAAAGUAGAGACAGAUCACAGAGAACAUAAAAGGGAAAGCUAGAGAUUUAAACUAGUCAAGUAAGAUCUUCAAAUAUGUUUUCCUACCAACCACAAUGUUAGAAAAUAAAGAAAAGUUGAGAGGAAAACCAAAAUUCAAUAGAUUACCUUUUAUUAGUGAGAAUGAAAAAUGAGCCACAGUGUGGUUUAGUGUGGUCUAAGGCACUGCAUCGCAGUGCUAGCUGUGCCACUAGAGAUCCUGGUUCGAAUCCAGGCUCUGUCGUAGCCGGCCGCGACCGGGAGACCCAUGGGGUGGCGCACAAUUGGCCCAGCGUCGUCCAGGGUAGGGGAGGGAAUGGCCGGCAGGGAUGUAGCUCAGUUGGUAGAGCAUGGCAUUUGCAACGCCAGGGUUGUGGGUUCGAUUCCCACGGGGGGCCAGUAUGAAAAAUAAAAAAUAAUGUAUACACUCACUAACUGUAAGUCGCUCUGGAUAAGAGUGUCUGCUAAAUGACUAAAAUGUAAAAUGUAAAUUAAUAAAUUAAUGACUGGGUCCCGUGUGGCUCAGUUGGUAGAGGAUGGCGCUUGCAACGGCAGGGUUGUGGGUUCGAUUCCCACGGGGGACCAGUACAAAAAUGGAUGCACUCACUACUGUAAGUAGCUCUGGAUAAGAGUGUCUGCUAAAUGACUAAAAUGUAAAAAUUUGUGUAUUCCAGUGUUUUCCUCUCUCAGUCUGGAGCUGCUAGCAGAGAGAGCUGCCACUCUGAUGGUGUAUGAAGACCUUAUACAGAUUAACUCUGGAUCCCAAGGUCAGUGUGAGUGAGAGAGAGAGAGAGUACUUAGACACGGUCCUUGUCCCAGUGACCUCACACACAUUAAUAAUGAAAGAUGUCCACCCCUUUAAACCAUCUCUCUAAUGAAAGCAACACACAGGCAGCACGUGUCCUCUGUUCCUUUUACAAUUACAUUAGAUACAUUUUAUCAGAUCACAUGUAAUUUAAUUGAACUGUAUCUUUGUGUGCCUGAUCAAUGUGCUUGUUUUGCUUUCUGUGUGUGUCUGUGUCCCUCUUCAAUAACCAUACUCAUUUAGAGUGUCCCAUCCCAUCUGCCCUUCUGUUGCUCUCCCAUCCUCUCUGAGUGAGGUUCUGCUGCUGAUACUCCUUUAAACAUUGCUGACUGAGCUGUGUGUGUGUGUGUGUGUGUCCGUCCUCCAGGAGGGCAGGAUAAUUAUGCUACGGUCUGGUGAAUACAGUGUACCCCCUCCACACACACAGUGUGUUGUAUCAUGGUAUUUUGAACCUGGAAUCCCACUGGAGCGAUAGACCUUGUCAUGUGGCAGGAGGAGAGAGAAUGAGUGAGGGGAGGACUGAGGGGAGGGGGGGGGGGAAUGAGGGCAGAGGAGAGAGAAGGAAAGGAGAAGGCGGGAAGAGGGGAUAGGGGGAAGGGUGCAAUGUCCAGGCUGAGGGAGGAAUAUCCAUUGUAGAGGGAAGAAAAGAGAAGGAACUCUCAGGAGGAGAAGAAGAGGAAAGGGGAGGAGGAGAGGGGCUUUUUGGAUUGGCACAGGAGACCCCCCCCCCCAGGCUGUUACCUAUAACUCCUCUCCAUUUUGUUACUCCAGUCCUGUUGAUGUGAUUAUAUCCCAGACCACCUCCAACACUGGACGUUCAGAUCAAUACCAGACCAAUUCCAACACUGGACGUUCAGAUCAAUACCAGACCAAUUCCAACACUGGACGUUCAGAUCAAUACGUGACCUCCUCCAACACUGGACGUUCAGAUCUAUACCAGACCAAUUCCAACACUGGACGUUCAGAUCAAUACCAGACCAAUUCCAACACUGGACGUUCAGAUCAAUACCAGAUCAGGUUUACUGAAGGCAGAGGCUACACAGAGCUAGAGAAAACACAGACGGCUGCAGCGGUGUUUCAUGGCCCAGGAAUGCACACUCACCACAGUGGAAACACUAUGACAUCACCGCUAAGCCCCACUAUACACACUUCUCUUUUGCACAAACACACAGUCUUGUUUAACUAACCUUGUGGAGACACACAAUUGAUUCCCAUUCAAAAUCCUAUUUUCUCUAACCCCUAAACCUAACCCCUAAACCUAAUCCUAACCCUAAACCUAACCCUUAAUUCUAACCCUAUCCCUAAAUCUAAUUCCUAAGCCUAAAAUAGCCUUUUUACAAGUGAGGACCGGCAAAAUGUCCUCACAUCUCAGAAUUUUUGGUUUGUUUACUAUUCUCGUGAGGACUUCAAGAAAUAUCAGCCCAAGGAGGGAAGCACGAGAUUGAACUUCAUCCCUAGUCAAUCUCCAAACAUUUCUGUAAAAAACCCUUUUUUUUUUUUUUUUUUUUUAUUAGUCUCGGGCUGUUGGAGGUCGGUGCACCCGAUUCAGCUGCCCUGCGCACCGUGUAGGCAAACUGUUGCCAUUUUGAACCAUUUCAUGUGUCUGAAGGUACAAACUCUUCCUUCCCGGCGGGCCCGGAGAGCAAAUCAAGUGCACUAUAGGCCUACCGCUGGCCAAUCGGAUGGCUUAGAUUACCUUGUCUGCAGUAACGUAGCAGAUAUAAAAGAAAGCUACAGCAAAGUUGAUACUGUGAGAUUUCAAAACAUUUAAAACCAUGACUAGAGAGAGACUGUCAACGAAUAUGAGUGAGUUCAUGUUUAAGUUCUUACUCAGCACUGUCAACACUUUGUAUUCAACAGUUUUAUAAGCCAUAAAAUGCGCGUUCUUCCUAUUUCCACUCAGCUCUACAAUGAGCACUGCAGCAGUAAUGAAUGAGUAGGACAGUGUGUCGAUAGGCUUGCGUUAUUAUUAAUAGCGGCUUGGGUCUUUUUUUAAUAUAGAGGAAUAUUUUACUUUCUCUGGUCAUAGGAGGAACAACAUGAAUUUGUGCAUGAGGCGGAAAUAAUGCGAUGUGACUCGAGUUUCGCCAACAGCUGAAAGAAGGUGUCCCUUUUUGGUCAGUGUCAGUGGAGGAAAGGGAGAGCGGAGGGAUGUUGAGAGGCGGACCCUCAGUCUGCUGCUCCCUCCCUCCGCUGAGACUGACCAUCAGAUGCAGGCACCAUCAGCCCAAUAAAAUAAAAAUAAAAAGCAAAUUAUUUAAAUGUACGCUCACUCAGCUGUGCCUCAAAAGUAAUACAACAACGGAUCUAUUACCGGUGUGAUCAUAUAGCCUACCUCAAAUGUUUUAAUAUAAUUUAUAUAUUUCUUAAAUGGCCCGAACAACAAUGCAUUGGCAGGGCAAUUCAAGCAAAGCCAAUAUGCAGUGAUAAUGUAUUGGGCCUAUAGCUUACUGCACCAACCUCAUUGCAACAGUACUGUUUUUAAUUGGUUAAUGUUUCAUAGGCUUACGUUUAUUUUAUUUUUUAAAUUUUUGCGGUAGAUCUCGGCUUGCAUUUUGACUCAGAAAGUGAUCUUGGACUCAGAAAGGUUGGUGGGUAGUGUUUCCUUGUUAACACUAUCAACGUUUCCCUUUACUGUGGCAAUUUUUAUCGAAUCAACGCAAUAUUAGCCACUUUCAAUGCAACAUACCGAAACAAAACAAACUAUGCAAGAUAUUUUGUUGUAGGCAGAAACGCAUCGGAGUAGGAUUCUAUUGCAUUGACACGCACGACUCAGCCCGUACUCUACACAGACCGGUGCGGCAUAACCAAUCAGAGCUGCAGUAGGCCUAUAUGCAAAUAGACCAUUGCCAUAUAUGAAUCUGUGCCGUUUACUUUGAACUGGACUGUGUUUACAGCAUGAACGGUUGUGAGUAAAUGCGCUUGUUUUGAGAUUACAUUUACAUUUUAGUCAUUUAGCAGACGCUCUUAUCCAGAGCGACUUACAGUUAGUGAUUACAUUUUUUUUUUUAUACUGGCCCCCCGUGGGAAUCGAACCCACAACCCUGGCGUUGCAAACGCCAUGCUCUAUCAACUGAGCUACAUCCCUGCCGGCCAUUUCCUCCCCUACCCUGGACGACGCUGGGCCAAUUGUGCGCCGCCCAUGAGUCUCCCGGUCGCGGCCGGCUGCGACAGAGCCUGGAUUCGAACCAGGAUCUCUAGUGGCACAGUUAGCACUGCGAUGCAGUGCCUUAGACCACUGCGCCACUCAGGAGAUCAAGGCGAUAGAGCUUUUUUUUCAUAUUUUUUCAUAUCCUUUGCUAGUUCCAUUAUUUUACUUUGAGAUUUGUGUGUAUUGUGAAUUGUUAGAUACUACUGCACUGUUGGAGCUAGGAACACAAGCAUUUCGCUACACCCGCAAUAACAUCUGCUAAGUAUGUUUAUGUGACCAAUACAAUUGUAUUUGAUUUUAGUUAGUGAGUUAUUAGCCCAGUUAUAGAUAAUUUGUAGUCAGCAAUAGGAGAGUGAUUGCUUCCUACAAGAGCACAAAACAUGUACAAUCCUAGACCUCUUUGAAAAGCGAGUCAGGUGAAGAGCUUUUUUUUUGUCUUAAAGGGGCAGUGUUGUAUUUUGAGACGGGCUUGAAUAAGCUAAGUAGCCAAUAGGCAGAGGGUAGCAUCAGUAUAAAAAAUGUAUGCACUCACUAACUGUAAGUCGCUCUGGAUAAGAGUGUCUGCUAAAUGACUACUAAUAUAUAUAUAUAUAUUUUAAAAAAUAAGUGUCUGAUUCUCUGUAAUAAUGCUAUGGGAAUAAUAAUGUAUUUUAUUUUGUAAAGUGGUUUCUUGCAUCAAACAACACAAAAACAUUUUCAGUCACCUCCUUGUCUGAAGGACAAGUGGAUAAACAGGUUAAUGUCAAGCCCUGCAUGUUUUUUUCAAAAGUCUCAUGAAAUGUAGGCCUACAUUGAACACCACACAUUGGCUGCUACUGUAGGCUGAAUGAUAGAACAGCUAUUUCCAUGUUAAAAUGUUAUGGGAUGCAUUUUCUCCAUUGUUUUUGAUGGUAGGCCACUCUGGUAGGCCUACAUUAUGAUCAAAUAGCCACAGUAGCCUUUUGAGGGAACAUUGUUCACAAGUAUUGUAAAAUGUGUAAACACACUAUAUACAUCUUUCGACACACUUCACGUCUCACACACACAUAGAGAGAGAGAGAGAGAAUUAGAAAGGUGAGAUUGAUAUAGAGGAGUAAUAACAGAGUGAUGAGAGGAAAAGAGAGUGAGCGGAGAGAAGGCCAGCGUCCAUAUGGCGUUCAUCACAAAUCUUCCAGACAUUAAUUUGAUAAGCAGCAUUAAAAAGGGUUACAGGGGAGAUGAUCACUAAGGAACAGUGGAUCUAAGUGUGUGAGUGGUUCCUGACCCCCUCCCCCCUUUCCUCCCCAGGAUUGAGGGGUCAGUCCUGGGUUCAGUUCCAGCGUCGAGCCCUGAGCCUCCCUCCCAACUCGUCCUACAGCAACCUCACUGCCCUGCUCACUGUGGCCAACAACCCCAGCCACAUCCAGCACUUCCCCUACCUGCAGGGCCUGGGGGGCAACGGAACAGGUACCACCACUGGGACAGACUGGGACCAGACUUAGGUGAAAUACACUGUUGGUACUAUUCCAUUGGUGCCGUUGUAUCGGAUAAACUAAAUCAAUUAUUUGAAAGUAUUUGACAUAUGGAGGAGGGGGAUGAGGGGUGGAUGGGGUGAAGGGAGUAGGGAAAUGAGGGGUGAAGGGAUGAGGGGUGGGUGGGGUGAAGGGAUGAGGGGUGGGUGGGGUGAAGGGAUGAGGGGUGGGUGGGGUGAAGGUAGGGGUUGAGGGGUGGGUGGGGUGAAGGGAUGAGGGGUGGGUGGGGUGAAGGUAGGGGUGAGGGGGGAGGGGUGGGUGGGGUGAAGGGAUGAUGGGGUGGCGUGGGGUGGUGAGGGAUGAGAGGGGUGGGCUGGGGUGAAGGGACACCAUUGAGGGGUGGGUGGGGUGAAGGUAGGGGUUGAGGGGUGGGUGGGGUGAGGUACAGCUCUCUGUAAGAGGCUCCAUCAAAGAUACACUACCCAGAAGAGUCCCCUUUAACACAAUAUAACCUCUCUGUGCUCUCAAACAACCUGUGUGUGUAUGUGUCCAUUUUCAAUUUUUAUCAUUUAGCAGACACUCUUAUCCUGAGUAACUUAGUGCAUUCAUCUUAAGAUAGCUGGGUGGGACAACCACAUACAGUGGGGGAAAAAAAGUAAUUAGUCAGCCACCAAUUGUGCAAGUUCUCCCACUUAAAAAGAUGAGAGAGGCCUGUAAUUUUCAUCAUAGGUACACGUCAACUAUGACAGACAAAAUGAGAAAAACAAAUCCAGAAAAUCACAUUGUAGGAUUUUUAAUUAAUUUAUUUGCAAAUGAUGGUGGAAAAUAAGUAUUUGGUCAAUAACAAAAGUUUCUCAAUACUUUGUUAUAUACCCUUUGUUGGCAAUGACACAGGUCAAACGUUUUCUGUCAGUCUUCACAAGGUUUUCACACACUGUUGCUGGUAUUUUGGCCCAUUCCUCCAUGCAGAUCUCCUCUAGAGCAGUGAUGUUUUGGGGCUGUCGCUGGGCAACACGGACUUUCAACUCCCUCCAAAGAUUUUCUAUGGGGUUGAGAUCUGGAGACUGGCUAGGCCACUCCAGGACCUUGAAAUGCUUCUUACGAAGCCACUCCUUCGUUGCCCGGGCGGUGUGUUUGGGAUCAUUGUCAUGCUGAAAGACCCAGCCACGUUUCAUCUUCAAUGCCCUUGCUGAUGGAAGGAGGUUUUCACUCAAAAUCUCAUGAUACAUGGCCCCAUUCAUUCUUUCCUUUACACGGAUCAGUCGUCCUGGUCCCUUUGCAGAAAAACAGCCCCAAAGCAUGAUGUUUCCACCCCCAUGCUUCACAGUAGGUAUGGUGUUCUUUGGAUGCAACUCGGCAUUCUUUGUCCUCCAAACACGACGAGUUGAGUUAUUACCAAAAAGUUCUAUUUUGGAUUCAUCUGACCAUAUGACAUUCUCCCAAUCAUCUUCUGGAUCAUCCAAAUGCACUCUAGCAAAGUUCAGACGGGCCUGGACAUGUACUGGCUUAAGCAGGGGGACACGUCUUGCACUGCAGGAUUUGAGUCCCUGGCGGCGUAGUGUGUUACUGAUGGUAGGCUUUGUUACUUUGGUCCCAGCUCUCUGCAGGUCAUUCACUAGGUCCCCCCGUGUGGUUCUGGGGUUUUGCUCACCGUUCUUGUGAUCAUUUUGACCCCACGGGGUGAGAUCUUGCGUGGAGCCCCAGAUCGAGGGAGAUUAUCAGUGGUCUUGUAUGUCUUCCAUUUCCUAAUAAUUGCUCCCACAGUUGAUUUCUUCAAACCAAGCUGCUUACCUAUUGCAGAUUCAGUCUUCCCAGCCUGGUGCAGGUCUACAAUUUUGUUUCUGGUGUCCUUUGACAGCUCUUUGGUCUUGGCCAUAGUGGAGUUUGGAGUGUGACUGUUUGAGGUUGUGGACAGGUGUCUUUUAUACUGAUAACAAGUUCAAACAGGUGCCAUUAAUACAGGUAACGAGUGGAGGACAGAGGAGCCUCUUAAAGAAGAAGUUACAGGUCUGUGAGAGCCAGAAAUCUUGCUUGUUUGUAGGUGACCAAAUACUUAUUUUCCACCAUAAUUUGCAAAUAAAUUCAUUAAAAAUCCUACAAUGUGAUUCUCUGGAGAAAAAAAUUCUCAAUUUGUCUGUCAUAGUUGACGUGUACCUAUGAUGAAAAUUACAGGCCUCUCUCAUCUUUUUAAGUGGGAGAACUUGCACAAUUGGUGGCUGACUAAAUACCUUUUUUCCCCACUGUAUCUCAGUCAUAGAAAGUACAUUUUUCCUCAAAGUAGUUGUCAGUGCUAGUAGGAAAUAAAAUAAUAAUAAUAAUAAUAAAAAGUAUAAUAACAUAAGGUCACCCAACCCCACCACUUACAAUCUCCUGUCACUCAUCCUCUUUAUACCCCUCUCCCCCUCUCUUUCUGUUUCCUCUCCUCUUACCUUUUCUCUCUCCCUUCUCUUCCUCUGCUCUUCUCCCUCUCUCUCCCUCUCACUACUCCUCUCCUCCCUCCCGCUGAUCCUCUCACUACAACUUCUCCUCCCUCCCUCUCACUCCCUCACUGCUCCUCUCCUCCCUCUCUCUUCCUCUCACUACACCUCCUCUCCUUCCUCUCACUACACCUCUCCUCUCCUUCCUCUCACUACACCUCUCCUCUCCUUCCUCUCACUACACCUCUCCUCCCUCUCUCCGACCCUCACUACUCUCAUCUGCUCUCCUCCCUCCCUCACUACUCCUCUCUUUUGGCUCUCCUCUUCUCCUCUAACAGGAAGUGAGCGUAGGUUUGAGCUGACUCCAGUGGCGGCCAUUUCUGUCCACCUAUUGGCCAGCAAGGGGGUGGAGCUCCAGGUGAACGGACCAAUCAGCAUCUCCGUCCCUCUACCGGCCAAUAGCGGCCUGAAGGAGAACCAACACAUCCCAGCCUGGAGGUUCGACCCCAGUCUGGGUGAGUACACACACACACUCUCUCACACACACAGCUUUUCUGUUUUUCCCGUUCUGAGCAGGGAGCAGAUUUUCUGUGUUUGGGUCCGGAGUUCCUCCUCUCUGAACUUCUAAUCAGUGGGAUAAGGUGUGUGUGUGUGUGUGUGUGUGUGUGUGUGUGUGUGUGUGUGUGUGUGUGUGUGUGUGUGUGUGUGUGUGUAUGUAUCCAGAAAGUUUAUGGAAUGUAUGUCAGAGUCAAGCUGGGAAAUGCAUCACUACAUUCUUAUCUUUUUUAAAGGAACUGGGAAAAGAAAAGGCACCAGAAUGCAACACACACACACACACACACACACACACACACUGUACAGUGAGACGGGAGAUUACAGUGUGGCAGAGUUAUGAAUGGAAUAAUUGAGAACUUUAUAAAAGAUUAUCUACCAUAUUAUUGGACAUAACGCACCGUAUUAAAAUGCAAAUCAAAACACAAUACUUUCUGUUCCUGAUUACAUCCACAUCACAAGAUUGGCUAGAAAAUGUAGCCUAACCUGUUUGGAAAAUCACUCCCUUCCUCCCUCCCUCUCUCUCUGGCUACAGAUCAGUACAGUUGUAGUCAGCCUUAGAUCUAUGGCUCAGCCAGUAUUGCAGUGUAGGGAUUUAGGAGGAUAGCCAGAGUAGGGCUUGAACCAGUCACCCUGUGGCACACUACCAAGUACGUCCUGUGCUAUGAAGGUCCAGUCAAUGUGACCAACACAACGUGACUUACUGUUGCUGAAGGAGACCAUUCACUAGCCCAAUGAGUUGAUUAGGACUGGGGCUAUAGGAGCACACACAGACACACACACAGAUAUACACAUAUGGUGUAAACAAUCACACACAGUACUGUACAUAGCCCAGUCCAGCACAGACAUGUCCUCCUGAGGAGUCAACUCUCACUCUCACCUUUUACAUGAGUCACAUUGACAUUGAAACCCACUGUUCCCACGUUGUCUUACAGCCAGAGGGUAUUGUAGUCUUGUGUCAAUACACACAAACACACACACACACACACACACACACACACACGCUGUAUGGGGUUAAUAUUUCCCAGCAACAGCCACCUCUGGUCCUCUGUGUUUUAGUCCACUGUUUCCCUAGCAACCCCCAAAUAAAAAACCUAACAGGCCAGGGGCUUUAAUUGAGUUUCUCCAGUGACCAGUUAGUGUGUGAGAGAGAGAGUUUGAGAUUUCUCCAGAAAUAUUUCUGCCUGAUCAUUCUUUCUCCACACAAAGAAGCCAAUGUUAGGAGGGAGUUUGUUGUUGUUGACUUGGCCUGCACAUGGACAGGCUGCAUGUAGAGAGGGGAUAACACACAACACCACAGGUACUUCACAGAAGUAAUACACACCACACACUUCUCACAGGUACACACAGACUCGACACACACUCUCUCAAAUCCGGAGUUCGAAACACAGAACCACUCUCUCAAACUGCUGCUAGUUUAAAUGCGCAUUAUUUUUUCGGUGUGUUUUGGAGCACUGAGCUGAAUGAUGUCAUAUACUGUAAGAAAGGAGCAUGUUUACCUCCUAGUGUGUGUGUGUGUUUACUUACUAGUUCUGUUUGUUCCGAAAGUAAGGCCACAACAAUCUUUUGCCUCUGGCGGUAGGAUCCUUGUUCGGUGUGUUUGUUGAUACCAGAUAAUAAAGACAUUAGAGGCUCCAGUCCAGUGUGUUUCAUCCACACUCCAUAUAUUACAGAGAAGAGUUAAUGGUGUAAAUACCAGCCAGUUCACAUCUGAACAGAGUUCAUGAUGACGUUCUUACAAACACACACAAAGGACUAGUAGCUAAUGUAAAGGUGACCGGUGUUGACUCUGUGACAGGGAAAGGCAUCUGGAGCACUGCAGGCUAUAUUGUCUGCGUGUGCAUGCUUGCGUGUGUGUGUGUGUGUGUGUGUGUGUGUGUGUGUGUGUGUGUAUAUGUGUGCGUGUGUAUAUGUGUGUGUGCGAUGCCUUACAGCCAGAGGAUACAAUACCCUCUGGCUGUAAGGCAUCGUCGGAACAGUGGGUUUCAAUGUCACUAAUGUAAAAGGUCAUCCAGUGAGAGUUGACACCUCAGGAGGACAUGGCUGUGCUGUGUCAGGCUGGGUUGGGUUGGGCUGUUUCAGUGCUUAGCUGUACUUGGUCCAUGGGGAUUGAUGAGAACAGUGUGUGUGUGUGUGUGUGUGUGUGUUAGGGAUGGAGGCGACCCGAAUCACAAAGAUGCUGAGUCACAGGCAUUUCUCUCCAUCUCUUGUUUCUCUCUCCCCCUCCCUGUACAUUAGUUCUUCCCUUCUAAUUGAAUUACAUCAGAGCAUCUAUAAUAGACAGAGAAUCCUCUGCAGAGCCUACUGCUGCACUGUCAUAGCCCCUCUCAUACACAGGUCUAGGAUCAGCCUACAUACCACAAAUCCUUAUCAUAACCAAUGGGGACUAAAUGAAAAACUGACAUUCGAUCAGUGUCCAGGUCGUGUUACCUCAUCUUACACAAUGACUGUGUCUGGCUGUGUUAUGAUGAUUCUAACUCCUAUGGCUCAUGGCCAGUAUGAGUUAUGACUGUGUCACUGUGAGUAUGCUGCCUCCCUGUGGUUGACUGGAGAACCGCAGCAGCACAGUGACGAGGCCAAAUGCUUUACACUGAUUUACUAUGGUUGAAGAGUAUAUCUCUAACUCUGUGUGUGUGUGUGUGUGUGUGUGUGUGUGUAGGGGCCUGGUUGAAGAGCAGUCUGGGCUAUGUCCAGAGGGAGGGAGACCAGCUCAGCCUAACCUACAUCGCUCCUCAGCUUGGAUACUGGGUGGCUACCAUGUCCCCACUAGACACAGGUACCAACACACACCAUGUCCCCACUAGACACAGGUACCAACACACACCAUGUCCCCACUAGACACAGGUACCAACACACACCAUGUCCCCACUAGACACAGGUACCAACACACACACAUGUCCCACAACUAGAUACAGGUACCAAACACAACACCAAUGGUCCACAACUAGACACAAGGUACCAACCACACAACCAUGUCCCACACUAGAUACCCAGGUACCAACACACACCAUGUCCCCACUAGACACCAGGACCAACACACCACCAUGUCACCACUACACACAGGUACCAACCACACACCAUGUUCCCCACUAGAUACAUGUACCAACCACACACCAAUGGUCCCCACUAGACAACAGGUACCAACACACACACCAUGUCCCCCUAGACACGUACCACACACACCAUUCCCCACUAGACCAGGUACCAACACACACCAUGUACCCAUCUAGCUACCAGGUACCAACACACACCCAUGUCCCCACUAGAUACAGUACCACACACCCAUGGUACCCCACAACACCCACACACACCAUGUCCCCACUAGACACAGGUACCAACAUACACAUUUAAAACAGGUAAAACUUGUGUGUGUUUCUACAGGUCCGGUGGUGACAAAGGACAUCAGUACGUACCACACAGUCUUCCUAUUGGCCAUACUGGGAGGCAUGGCUGUCAUCCUCCUCUGCCUGCUCUGUCUACUGCUGUACUACUGCAGGUCUGUCCGUCUGUCUGGAUCAAUGGACUUCCCUGCUGACUUUCAUAAGUGUGUCUUGUGUGUCAGUGAAGGAGUCUUGAGUUUCAACAGGACUGUCUUCUCUUAACUGAACUUUAUCCCCCCUUCUCUCUCUCCCCUCUUCUCUCUCUUCUUUCUCUCUCUCUCUCUCUCUCUCUCCUCUCUCUGUCUCUCUCUCUCUCUCUCCCUUGUCUUGUCUGUCCUUCUCUCUUCUUUCUUCCUCCCUUCUUCUCUCUCUCUCCUUCUUUCCUGUCUCUCUCUCUCUCUCUGUCUCUCCUCUCUCCUCUCUCUCUCUUCUCUCGCUCUCUCUUCUGUCCUCUCUCUCUCUUCGUCUCUCUCGCUCAUCUCUCUCUCUCUCUUCUCCUCUCUCUCCUCUCUCUCUCUCUCUCCUCUCUCUCUCUCUCUCUCUCUCUCUCUCUCUCUCUUCUCUUUCUCUCUCUCCUCUCUCCAGUUGUCUCUGUCUCUUCUCUCUCCCUUCGUCUGCUCUGCUCCUCGUCUUUCUGUCUCUCCUCUCUCUCUCUCCAUGUCUGUCUCUUGUCUCCUCUCUGUCUCUCUCCCUCCCUUCUCCUCCUCUCUCGCUCUCUCCCUCUCAUUCUGUCUUGUCCGUCUCCCUUCUCUCUUCCUCUUUCUCCUGUCUUCUUCUGUCUUCUCUCUGUCUGUCUCUCUCCUCUGCUCUCUCUCGUCUGUCUUUCUGUCGUCCCUCUCUCUCUCUCUCCAUGUCGUCUCCUGUCUCCUACUCUCUCUUCCCUGUUCUCCUUUCUCUCCUCUCCUUCUUGUUCCUGUCUUCCUGUCUCGUCUCUCUCUCUCUCCGCUCUCUCUUCUCUGUUCGUCCUCUCUGUCUCGCUCUCUCUCUCUGUCUUCUCCUUCCAUACUGCUCUCUCGCUCUUCGAGCUCUCUCUCUCCAUGUCUGUCUCCUUGUCUCCCUCACUGUCUCUCUCUCUCUCUCCGUCUCUCUCUCUCUCCCUGUCUCUCCCUCACUGUCUCUCUCUCUCCAGGCGUGGUUGUGUGAAGCCUCGUCUGUCCCAUCGGAAGCUGAAUCUGUCGUCUGGUCUGGAGGGCAGUAAGAGAGAUCAGGCCACCUCCAUGUCUCACCUCAAUCUCAUCAGCAGCGAGGUCAGUCAACAACCAGGCCAGGGACCACUGGUCUCUUCGUACAAACAUGCUUUCUCCCUUUUCCACUGCACUUUGUAACUGCCUUUGCACUUUCUAUUGUUAAAAUCACAGCUAAUAUUCUGUUUUUUCACUUUUGUGUUAGUGUGUAUUCAUGUUAUUGUUCCCCUGUGUCAUCUGUGUAUUUUCUUUGAAGAGCAUGUUAGAAAUGGCGCUGUGCUACUGUCUGUGGAAACUGACACUAAAAUCUUGUCUCAUCUUUAGGUUCAUUUGGAGCUGGUCUCUACGACAACAGAACCCGACAUGACCACGCCCAUGCUCAAACCCUCCUCCUACGAUUGCCAUGACCUGGUCUCCCAUGGCAACCACAGUCGCAUGUCGCUAGGCAACCACAGCCAAAGUCGUCAUGGCUCAUCGCUAGGCAACCUGACGCCGCGCAGCAAAGACUACCGUCAGUCUGUGGAGACAUUCCCGUUAAAGUCAGCCCUCUCCACCGGGACGGAUGCCGGCUACCGCCAAUCAUACACCUCCAUCUGCUCAUCUACCAAUCAGCUCCCAGAUAGACUUUCAUCCUCAAAUCAGGUGCAGGCGUCGGCAGCUCAAUUGAGUGGUGUGGGGGAGGGAGCGACUAGUGUGUGUGAGGCUACCUCCCCCUGCUCUCCACCUGUCUCCCCUAUCAGAGGGGAGGGGUGUGAGCGCAGACCCCCAGACUACUUCCUGUCCCGAUCUGUGGACCACCUGGGCUCCCUGCCCCUCUCCCUCCCCAGGCCGGGCCAGCUGCUGUGCUGUGGCUCUGUGGACCUGCUGAGUGGAGGAGACGGUUACCCCAGGAGGAUCCGGCCCACCCUGGUGAUCCCAGCCCACUACAUGCGCCUGCCGGGGGAACACCCGCUGUGUGGCCAGGCCCUGUUCUUACAGACUGACCAGCAGAGUGACCUGGAGACCAUCCAGGCUGAGCUCAACGCCUCACACUCCCAGCAGCCUCUGGGGCAAACACACACCGACUAUGCCACCGCCUCAGCCAACCAGGGACUAAGAGAGGGGCAAGGGGAGUGGAGCAGCCUAUCAGAGUCCCUGUCUAUCCCGACAGCACUUGGGGAGGCAGGGAUUAUGCAAAUGAACGGCGAGGACACGCUAUUGGCCGAGAAGAAACUGAUGGAACUGAGGGGAGGGAAGCCCCUCACACACCCACGCGCCUGGUUCGUCUCAUUGGACGGUCGGUCUAACGCCAUCAGACACUCUUACAUAGACUUGCAGCGGGCUGGACAAGCCAAGGGGAAUCCAGGGGGAGGAGGUAGCCAUGGUAACAACAGUGGUGGUAGACAUGUCAACGGAAACGACGCAAGUCUGGACUCCGGUGUGGACCUGAACGAGCCCAGAGCGGGGCGGAGGGGGAGGGAGGUAGGAGAGAGGGAAAGAGAGAAGGACAGAGAGAGGGGGAGGACAAAGAGCGGCCCUCCUGCCAUGGCCUACACCCAGCUGGUAUAUGUGGAUGACCUGGACGGGCCGGACAGCGAGGAGGAGGGGGAGACUCCUGAGUGUAGCCCCCAGGACAGCCCUUUGGGUCCAGUGUUGCAGAACACACAGGGACAUCAAGAAGAAGAAGAGGAGGAACACAGAGGAGAGGGGAUGAUACAGGAAGAGGCUCCUUCACCCCUCUCCUCCCCCUCCUCCUCCUCCCCACCCCCCCUCCCAGAGCCAGAAGGCGUGGUCUUCAGGACUGAGCAUGACCAGACAGCCCUACUGGCUGUUGCCCCUGAUGACCACGGAGAGGAGGAGAAGAAGAGCCCCUGGCAGAAGAGGGAGGAGCGCCCCCUACUGGCAGCCUUUAACCUCAAAUAA